AUGAAUCAGAAUCAUGUCCAACGCGCUGAUGAGUUCGACGAUUCUCUGUACUUGCACAUUACGGAGAAUCCCAAUCUGGUUCUCGUUUCACCACCAUUAACCGAGCUCAACUACACCUCUUGGAGUAGAUCAAUGAGGAUAGCUCUGGAGGUUAAGAACAAAUUCGGAUUUGUUAAUGGGACUAUCGCAAAUCCUGGAGAAACUGAUCCUAAGUACGCGAUCUGGAGGAGAUGUAACAAUAUUGUUUGUCCGUGGAUUUUCAAGUCCCUCAGCUCUACGAUCGCGGAAGGAGUCCUGUACUUUGAAGUCACAGCUGAUAUCUGGAAUGUACUCAGGAGAGGUACUCUAAUGUUGAUGCUCACAGAAUUGCAGAACUGCAAAAUGAGAUCUACAAAUGUUCACAAGAAGGAAAACGAAGAAGAUCAUAUAAUUAGGUUUUUGGAAGGGUUGAAUGAAGAUUAUGAAAACAUCAAGUCAGGAGUACUUGUCAUGGAGCCUAUUCCAAUUAUGGAAAAGGUUCUCAACAUGACCUUAAAGAUGGAGAGGAAGAUUAAGAGCUCUAUCAAUCAAAAGUGCAAUGAUCUAAUCCAAGCCAAUGUUGUACAGAAUAAUCAGGAUCACUAUGUAGAAGAGCAACCUGCUCUGGCAGUUUCAACUUCAAACAACAAGAAGAAGUUUAAUAACAAUUUAGGAAAAAAUCUACCUAAAUGUACCUAA